CUCCUGUUCCAUCGUCACCUCGGUGUGGGAGAGGGCUGGGCAGGCGCCGCUGACCUUGUUUUCUGCCAUCACAGCAGGGAGGGCCCGGGGCGGGCGGGGAGCACCCCGGGCUUGUCCCGCUCCCGAGUGGGAGCACCUGUCAAAGGCCUGGCCCAGGUGUCCUGGGGAGCCACGCGGUCUGACCUCCGAGGGGACUGGUUGGUGACCUGGACCCUGACACCCACCACAGCUGCCCAUCUGCCCACCGCUGGCCUGGGAAUGCAGGACAGGAAGCAACUCCACACAGGCCCAGGUGCCCUGGUCAGAGUAGGCUCACGCCCGUGGUGGGGCAGCCCCGGGCCUGUCAGCGGACACUGCGGAGGCCUGGGGGUGGGGGUGGGGGGCUGGCAUCUCGGCCUGGUGACUCCAGCCCAUGAGGAGCACCAGGGGCCGGGGUUUGAUCUACCGGCUGAUGGUCUUCGGUUCUGCACCACGUGGCAGCCUGCGAGCCCACCCAGCGCAGUGGGAGGACACCUCGCCCAGGGCCAGAGCUGAGCCUACACUGCUCCUGCUGCAACUCCCACCCCUCAAAGGCUGGCAGAGUGUGCCUGAUGAAGCCAGCUCCCCAGGGUCAGCCCAGCCCUGAGGAGGGCGGGCAGAGGGUGGGGGCGGUGCCCGGGCCUGGCCCAGGUGGUGGGAUGGGCGGGGCACCUGCCCAGGCUCUGCCCGCCUGUGCCCGACUCGCUCGCCCAUCACUUCGUCCUCGCCAUCCCGUGGCCGUCCUCAUCUCUGUCCUCGCGGUCACCGUCCAAGGUAGCCCCAGGCUGGCCACUUCCGAAGCCCCCGAUGCCAUGGAGGAGUGGGACGUGCCCCAGAUGAAGAAGGAGGUCGAGAGCCUCAAGUACCAGCUGGCCUUCAAGAGGGAGAUGUCAUCCAAGACCAUCCCCGAGCUCCUCAAGUGGAUCGAGGAAGGGAUCCCCAAGGACCCCUUCCUGAACCCCGACCUGAUGAAGAACAACCCGUGGGUGGAGAAGGGCAAGUGCACCAUCCUGUGAGGCCCCGCGGCCCAGACUCACGCCUCCCUG